AUGUCGGCCCCUUUGUCCCCGUGCUCCAUCGCCGUCCACGAUACCUUUGGACCGGCGGUGGACAGCUCCUGCGCCGACGGCUUCGACUUUACUCUCUUGUUUGAGGAGAGCAUUCUGACUCUCGCCCCCCUGGGCAUCGCGCUUGGCUGGGCUAUCCUGCGAUUUUGGGCUCUUCGCAAUGGCGUUGCCAAAAUACGGGCGUCAUGGCUUCUUGCGGCCAAGAUGGCUCUUUACGCCAUCUACGUGAUUCUCCAAGUUGCCCUCGUGGCAGUGUGGGCUGGCCGCGGGAUACCAGCAACAAGACUUACCGUAGCCUGCAUUGUCCUGACGAUUGUCGGCUUCCUCGUCCUCUCGGCGGUAUCGUACCUGGAGCACAUGCGCGCACUGCGCCCUUCGACCUUUCUCUCCGUCUACCUCAGCCUUACGAUCCUCGUGGACAUGGCGCGCGUGCGCACACUGUUCUUGCUUCCGUACGGCGGACCGAUUGCCGGCAUUUUCCUCGCCAGCUUCCUCAUCAAGGUUGCCAUCUUCGCCUUUGAAACGUGCGAAAAGCGCUCGCUUCUCCGGCCAGACUGGCAGAACACGUCACCCGAAGACCUCGGCGGCUUCUACAACCGCGCCCUCUUCGUUUGGCUGAACGGCGUUUUCCGCAAAGGCUUCCGCACACUGCUGACUAUCAGCUCACUCACCAAUCUGGACGAAGAGAUGCUCAAGGCCUCGAACCCGACAGAUCUCAUAGAACGAUGGGAAAAAGCCGGUAAAUCGAGCGACCAUUCUCUGGUCUGGACGUUUUUGGUGCAUUACAAGUGGUGUUUCUUCUCGGGCGUCAUCCCCAGAAUGGCCUACACGGGAUUUAGCUUUUCUCAGCCCUAUCUCAUCGAAAAGGUUCUCGACUUCACAGCCGACCCCGGGAACCCCGACACCAAGAACUUCUCUUACGGACUCGUGGGAGCCUACGCCGUUGUAUACAUCGGCAUGACCCUGUCGUACGCAAUCUAUCAGCACAAGACGUACCGUCUUCUUACCCUGUUCCGCGGAAGCUUGGUCACCCUCAUCUUCAACAAGACUCUCCGGGUCAGCUCGUCGUCUAUCGCGGAUGCAGAGGCCAUCACGUUGAUGAGCGCCGACAUUGACCGUAUCGGAUCCAUCACUCUCGUGCAUGAGUUCUAUGCCAGUUUUCUCGAGGCGGCCCUGGCACUAUACCUCUUGUACAAUCUGCUGGGGAUAGCUGUCGUGGCCCCCGUCGCCUGGAUUGUUGUCUGUCUCGUUGCGGGUAUACCACUCGCCAAGGCAGCGGGAAAUGCUCAGACCCCAUGGCUCGAGGCGAUUGAGGAGCGUCUGGCCGCCACCUCGAAAGCGUUGAACGCGAUGAAACCCAUCAAGAUGACGGGUCUGGCUGACAUUGUGUCGUCCCAAAUCGCAACUUCGCGACUGGCGGAAAUUCGUGCCUCUCUCCGUCAUCGUGUCUUGAACAUUUUUGUGUUUGUCGCAUACUUUGCGUCGUCUGGCCUCGCUCCAGUCUGGGGGUUUGGGUUGUUCAUCUUGCUCGCCCAGUCUAGAAACACCGGCACUUUGACCGAGGGAACCGCGUUUGCCGCCUUGAGCGCCUUCGAAUUGCUCAACCAGCCCUUGAUCAAUGCCAUUGACGGAUUCGAGCACAUCCAGACGGUUCUCAACUCCUUCCGCCGCAUCCAGGAGUACCUGGCGUCUUCGUCUCAUUCGAGUCUGUCGCAGCCUCAAGAAAAGGACGAAAUGGCUCUCAGCGACGAAAAGGCUGGGGCAUAUGAAAAGCCUUACGGCUUGGACUCCAAGACCGCUGCCGUUGUCAGGGAUGCGACGACCAAAUACACUGAGGAAAAGGAACCCAUCCUAAGCGGCCUCAACUUUGAAAUUCUCCGCGGCCAGACAACCAUGAUAUACGGCCCGGUUGUGCAGGCCUGUGCGCUCAACCCAGAUCUUGAGGAGUUGACCAACGGCGACCAAACCCACGCCGGUAUCCGCGGGUCUCGGCUGAGCGGUGGUCAGCAAAUGCGUGUGUCCUUCGCCCGCGCGCUCUACUCGCGGAACUCUACCAUGCUGCUCGAUGAUGUGUUGACUGGGCUCGACCGAGCUACCGAGCGAAGCAUCCUCGAUGCGGUGUUCAGCUCAAACGGGUUAUUGAAACAGCUGAACGCUACAGUCGUCCUGACUACAAACACAGCACAUCACUUGCAAUACGCGGACUACAUCAUUCUGCUGGACAAGAAUGGCAACAUUGCUGAGCAGGGCACACCAGACAGCGUGUCCAUGAACGCCGGGGGAAUCCAGGCGCUCGAAAGUGAGGUCAUCGCAACCAGCCGCCCGGAGCUCGAGAUCCCUGAGGACGUUCUGCAUGAGCUGGAGAUUCUGGACGACCAGGAGCCGGAGGAAACUCGCCGAGCCGGUGACAUGCGAAUCUACGCAUACUAUGCAAAAACUGCGGGUUACUGGAGGACUUCGAUCUAUCUUGUCGCCUGCGCCGCGUUUGUAUAUGGCUCCAUCUUCCCCUCUGUCUGGCUGCAGUGGUGGACAAACGCCAACGCAGUUCGACCAAACGACCGUAUUGGUUACUGGCUCGGUGUGUACGGCGCCCUCGCGGCUGUUACAAUGAUUGGCUGCACAAUCGCCGAUUGCGUCUUCAACUUAGCAGUUCUCCCCACAACCGCAAGGAAGUUCCACGAGCUCUUGCUGGACACAACCAUGCGAGCACCCACGUCAUUUCUCACGUCUACGAAUGCCGGAACCACGCUCAACAGGUUCAGCCAGGACCUUGAACUUAUCGACAACGAUCUUCCCAUGGCCAUCGACCAGACUGUCUUCCAGUUUCUGUCCGUCAUUGCGUCUGCCGUCCUUGUCUUCAUCGGCUCCGGCUAUGUGGCUGCCGCCAUCCCGCUUUGCUUCGUGGCACUUGCGGUGAUCCAGUUCUACUACCUGCGCACGUCGAGGCAGCUCCGACUUCUCGACAUCGAGGCCAAGGCGCCUCUGUUCUCGCAGUUCCUGGAAACUCUCAAUGGCAUUGCUUGUGUCCGAGCAUACGGGUGGACGCAUGAUUACAUGGAUCGAAACCACGAGGCCCUCAAUGCGUCGCAGAAGCCAUUCUAUUUGCUGUGGUGCAUCCAACGAUGGCUCACGCUCGUUUUGGACCUGCUGAACGCCGGGAUCGCCAUUCUCCUCGUCGGAGUCGCUACAAACGUCAGCAAUGGGUCAAGUGCAUUCCUGGGCGUUGCUUUGUUCAACGUCAUCGCUCUGUCUUCCUCGCUCCAAACCCUCAUCACCGAGUGGACUCAGGUGGAAACUGCUCUGGGCGCCAUUAGACGAAUCAAAUCCUACGUUGCGACAACCGAGGACGAGAAUCUGCCAACGGAGAACGGCGAGGUACCGGACGACUGGCCCCAGCAAGGAUCCAUCACAUUCAAAGAUAUCUCGGCCUCCUACCAAUCCUCUUCAGAGCCGGUCCUGAGGGAGAUUAGCUUCUCCAUCGAAGCAGGCGAAAAGGUGGCGAUUUGCGGUCGCACAGGCAGCGGCAAAUCGUCUCUGGUCGCGGCGCUUCUGCGCAUGCUGGAGAUUGAGAGCGGCACAAUUACCAUCGAUGGCAUCGACAUUAGCACGAUACCGCGCCAGGCAGUCCGCGGGCGCAUGAACACGGUCCCCCAAGACCCAUUCUUCCUCCACGGCAAUGUACGCCUGAAUGUCGAUCCACUGGAGUCGGUUGAAGACGAGCGCAUCAUUGAGGUGCUGCGCACCCUGAACCUCUGGCAUAUUUUCGAGGAGCACGAGGGACUCGACGGUGAAGUCAGCGAGGAGACGUUGUCGCAUGGACAGCGGCAGCUGUUCUGCCUCGCUCGCGCCAUGGUCAAGCCCGGACGCAUCGUCGUCAUGGAUGAGGCAACCAGCAGCGUCGACGCCGACACCGAUGAGCUCAUGCAGCGCGUCCUCCGCGAAGAGCUCAAGGGCCGCACAAUCAUCACCAUUGCACAUAAGCUGCACACAGUGCUUGACUACGAUCGCGUCGUCCUCCUCGAUAAGGGCCGGAUCGUCGAGACGGGCAACCCUCAGGAGCUGCUCAAGACGCCUGCGUCGCCGUUCCGGGAGCUCUACGAGAGACUCGGCAGCCACGGGGAAUAA